AUGAUAAUGGCCAAGCACACGGUGGACCUGUGUCCUGUGGAUGUGGGCAAGCCCUUCGCCUUCAAAGUGGACGCUGGAGAGGGCAUUCCCAUGUACGUGGCUGCCGACUCCGAUGAGUUGGCCAACAGGUGGCUCCAGCUGCUACGACAAGCUGCCUCGCAGGACAACCAGUGGCUGGACAAAAGCGCGCGGUGCCUGUACCAGAGCCCCACCAACAUUCAGAGGCCCGACUGCUUCGGCUACCUACUCAAAUUGGGCUCAAGGUGGUGCGGAUGGUCGAAACGCUAUUGCGUUCUUAAGGAUGCCUGCCUCUAUUUUUACCAAGAUGCAAAUAGCAAGAGUGCAUUCGGCAUGGCCUGCCUGCACGGCUACAAAGUGGCCUCGAUGUCCGCGAAUGCAUCCGGCAAGAAGAACUCGUUCGAGAUCAUACCACCAGAGACCAAGUUGCGUCACUACUUCUUCUGCACCGAAAGCGAGAUGGAUAAGAAGCGCUGGAUAUCCGCACUGGAAUACUCCAUUGACCGCUGGAUUAAGUCCGGGUAA